GUAAAAAGAGUGUUUUCUCGGUCAUUCCAAAUAAAGGAAAAGGAUCGAAGAGGAGGGGAGGAACUAGUCCUUCAACUUUCUUUUCCUCGAGUCCUUCCUAGAGACAAAGUCUUUAUCUUCUUUACAAAGAUCAAAUCGUGGAUAGUGGCGGAAUUGGGUUUAGGAUUGAAAUGGGGCGGAUUCCAGCUUCAAUAGGAACAGGGAUAGGGAUAAUAUUAUUAUUAAUUAUGGGGAUGGACAUGGCUAGGACUUCGGCUGAGCUCGAAAAUACGUCAUCUUCUGCAGGGCUGUUUUGGUCAACUGCCAAAGAGGAAGGGGAUCUGGUGCACAAGGCUGGACCCGCUGAUGAUUCCACCGCCGCCAGCGAAGACCUCGACGGCGGAUUUUCUUCUCUGGAUGGGAUGUUGCAGUGGGCCAUAGGUCAUUCUGAUACGGCCAAACUUAAGGAAACCGCACAAGAUGUUCAACGUCUCUCUCCCUCGGAGCUUAAGCAGCGCCAGUUGGAAUUAAAGGAAUUGGUAGAAAAGUUAAAAAUGCCAUCAGAUGCACAGUUGAUGCAAAUUGCACUAGACGACUUGAAUAAUUCAUCUUUGUCUUUGGAGGAUCGCCACCGUGCUUUGCAAGAGCUUUUGAUACUUGUUGAGCCAAUAGAUAAUGCAAAUGAUCUGUGUAAACUUGGUGGGCUUGUUGCGAUUAUAAGGGAGCUUAAUCACCCUGACACUGAUGUAAGGAAAAUUUCUGCAUGGAUACUUGGGAAAGCAAGUCAAAAUAAUCCAUUUGUUCAGAAGCAGGUCCUGGAACUUGGGGCAUUGGCAACACUAACGAAAAUGGUGAAAUCUAGUUCUGCAGAUGAAGCCAUUAAGGCAUUUUAUGCUGUUUCAGCCUUGAUCCGGGGUAAUGUCGCUGGUCAGGAAUUGUUUUAUGCUGAAGCUGGAGACAAGAUGCUUCAGGACAUACUUAGCAACCCCGGUGUGGAUAUUAGGCUACGCAGGAAGGCUGUAUUUUUGGUUGCUGAUCUGGCUGAGUGCCAGUUAGAAAAUAUAGAUCAACCUGAGAUGCCUUUUUUCAGCAAUCAUUUCUUCUUGAAGUCUGUUGUUGAUCUGACUGCUUCAACUGACCUUGAUCUACAGGAGAAGGCCCUUGUUGCAAUUAAGAAUCUCCUGCAGCUCAGGACAACUGAAGCUCUGGUGUUCAAGGACUUUUGUGGUUUGGGUGAUGCUUUGGAGAGGAUGAAGCAGCAGCUGGAGGAUUUGAUGUUGGAUGAAUAUCAUAGAGAUUAUGUCAUGGAUGUUGAAGGCCUCCGAAAAGAAGUUGAACUCAUUUUCCAGGCAAAGCUGGGAAAAGGAGUAAGGGUGCCAACAUGACAGAGAUGGUUCAUACUUCACCUCAGUAAUUUAAAUACAGGGUUUCUCAUAUUGAAAGAUGAGGUAGUUUUGUCGAGUCCCUUGGGCCUCACCUUGUAUUUUCUGAUAUUCGGCAGAAAAAUUUUGCCCAUCAGGAAUAUGGCAAAAAGAAGAUGGGAGGGAGAGAAUUAUAGCACAUACAAAACUGAAGUUCAUUGGUGACUUGUGGCGGGACUUUACUUAUAACGGGAUUUUGAGAUGUGACCAACUGUAAGUUACAAGCCAUGUGACGAACGUCUCUUCUAAGUUGCGUAGUUAUGUGGUUCAACUGCUUGUUUGGGAAGUGGAAAAAGACCAUAAUUGUAUAAACCUGGCUGAAAAGUAACCGUAAAAGGCAGUGGGAUUAUCGGUUUACCCGUUUAGUCAAUGAUCAAUAGAUGAAUCAGUUAUAUAUUUGAUAGUAUUUAUACAUUUUUACAAUGAAUUAGUUCUUUUGUCAA